GCGAGAUGUGCGAGAGGGUCCGACCUCUGACUUCGUUCCUCAUAGAGGACAUCCUGGCCGUCAAGGAGAGCGGGCGGAUGGACGGCACAUGCUUCGCCCCGAAGACGGAGGCGGUGCGCCCGCAGCAGCGGCAGCAGCCCGGGCAGACGCCGGAGACCCCGUGCGGAGCGCGGAAAGAGCCCCCGAAAACGUCACGCCCCGAUGACACCGAAGACGGUUUCACAUGCGGAGGCAAAGGCAAACCGAAGCGUUCCCGCGCAGCCUUCACACACCUGCAAGUGCUGGAACUGGAGAAGAAGUUCAACCACCAGAAAUACCUGUCCGCCCCGGAGAGGGCCCACCUGGCCGACACCUUAAGACUGACCGAGACCCAGGUGAAAAUAUGGUUCCAGAACAGGAGGUACAAAACGAAAAGGAAACAGCAGACCUCCGGACUGUGUAAGGACCUCUGCAACAAGGAGGGACUGAUCCUGGAGGGGGAUUUCUUUCGCGCCUCUCUGCUCACAACUUUAUACAAAACGUACGAACACCGUCCAUACCUGUGCGGCUUCAGCGCCCCCGGGAGGCCAGCCGUAUGGUGACGCAUGGCACGCAACUGCGUGAUGUUCUAAAUCAGAAAACAUUUGUGUCAAGUUGAUCUAUGCACCAUUUUACGUCAACAGAGAGUACCGUCCUAUGUUCUGUUUUUUUUCUAUUUUAUGUCGCUAUCCACAUCAAUAUAGUCUUAAGUUUCCUGGAGAAGUUAACUAUAUUUGCACAUCAGCAUGUUUGGGUACAUCAGUGAUGCUCUGCCUCAUCAACAGCUGCAUAAAUUGUCCCCCCCCCCGGGGGGGGCGAAAUUCAACAAUUGUUGUGGUAUUUUUGGCCUACAGUUUGUUGGAUCACUGAAUUCAUCUGUAAGA